AUUUGGAAGUCGUGCCGGGAAAUGACUGAUUGAGGAAUAUUCUUCCACCCAAAACCACGCUUUCUUCUUCCCUCCUUUCUUCCCUUCGACUAACUAAUUCACGCACAAUCCUCAUCGGCUCCACCUCCUCCUCCGUUCUCUUCCCGGCAGGAAAAAAAAGAAAAAAAGUCUUCUGACGAGUUUCUCCCGAUUAGGCUUGUAAUCUAAUUUCCAUUUCCUGUUUCGAUGGACUUAACCAACCACGAAGGCCCGACCAACCCGACACCCGACGAUGACGGGUCAUCGACAUUGCUGGAUCUCUCCAGCUGCCAGCUCCGUGAUCUCGACUCCGUCGACCUUCCGCCGACUCUCACUGAAUUGGACUUAACCGCUAACCGCCUCUCCAAGUUGGACCCGCGUAUUGCCCACCUUUCAAACCUCAAGAAGCUCUCUUUCCGUCAGAACCUAUUUGAUGACGCAGGCGUCGAGCCCCUCUCCACGUGGCACGACAUUGCCGACCUUGAGGAGCUCGUUUUCAGGGACAACCAAUUGAAGAAAGUUCCUGAUGUCAGCAUUUUCAAGAGGCUUUUAGUUUUUGAUAUCUCUUUCAAUGAGAUUCAAACUCUUCAGGGCUUGUCCAAGGUUUCCAACACACUUAAAGAGCUCUAUGUAUCCAAAAAUGAAGUUCCCAAGAUUGAAGAGAUUGAGCAUUUUCAAGAUCUGCAAAUUCUUGAACUUGGAUCUAACAAAUUGCGGGUAAUGGAGAAUCUGCAAAACUUCAGUAAUUUGCAAGAGCUAUGGCUGGGCCGUAAUCGCAUAAAGACUGUUGACUUAUGUGGGUUGAAAGGAAUCAAGAAGAUUAGCCUGCAAAGCAAUCGAUUAACUUCAAUGACAGGAUUUGAGGAAUGUGUCGCUUUGGAGGAGUUGUACUUGAGCCAUAAUGGUAUUUCAAAAAUGGAAGGCCUAUCAAGAUUGACGAAUCUUCGAGUUUUGGAUGUUUCUUCUAAUAAGCUGACUGAAAUUAGUGACAUCGAGAAACUGACAAAGUAUGAAAAUCUACCUUGGUACUUCCGAGUUCUCAAAUUUUACCUCAGCCCUAUUCAAUUAUUAUCUCUUUGUCGGUCAUUUCUUGCAGAUUAGAAGAUUUGUGGCUGAAUGACAACAGUAUUGCUUCAUUAGAUGGGAUUGCUGAUGCUGUUGCUGGUUCAAGACAGAAGCUAACCACCAUCUAUCUUGAGCGUAAUCCAUGUGGCAACACUCCGAACUACAUUGCUGUCCUUAAAGAAAUCUUUCCCAAUAUUGAACAAAUUGAUUCUGAAGUAUUUAAUAUGUAGAGAAAUUUUGUUAUGUCAACCUUGGAAUGUUGUUUUUUGUCAAGUCAGCUUUGUUCAAAUAGUGGGAAGCAACUUCUUGAAUUGCUAUGUCAACUAGGGACGAUUAAAAGGGGUGGUUAAAAUUUCAGUCUAUUUUGAGAGACUGAUGAGUAACUUGCACCCGCAUUACCAAAGAUGUUGAUUUUUGGGUAAUUCCAGGAGUUAUUUUCUAGUUUCAAGAUUAGAGCCAGAAACCCGAGUCUCGUGAGAAGAGUGCAACUGCAGAGUCUGACCUAUCAAAACAAAAGAAGUGCAUCUGCAAACUUCUUGUUGUUAUCAAAGUAACACGGACUGAAUUCUUUAACUUGAGUGACAAAGCAAAUUGAAUUCAGCCCUCCUAUAGUCCGUGCUAUUCAUAUGUCAAAGCCCCUUUUUC